AUGUUGUGGAUACUUCCUGAGGGCAGAAAGACUGCUUCUGAAUGUCCUAGCGCAUAUAUAGAACCUGACAGUAUGUUGGACAAACUUGCACGUCGUCUCUGUAAAAGUCAGAAGUAUCUCAAAGACAUUGACCCACAUGACAUUGAGUUCUUUUCUUAUGAUGACCGUAUUCAUCCCAUAAGAAUGAGCACACCUCUUUCAGAUCUCAACACAACUGAUAGUAAUCCUCUUGUGUUCCGGUACCCAUUGUCAGAAAACAUUGUUGUCACGAAUGUCAGAUUUCUCAGGUCUUCCAUUAAAGUUCGUGUUCCUCACAGCACUGGUACAUGGUAUAUGCUUGUUGACGCAACCAGGGCGAAUUACGAGAAAUUACAAGAUGGCAGAAUUUCCUUUUAUUAUUAUUAUCUUGAUGAAGAUGCUGAAGAAACGAUCGUUGACGAGAUUCUAUUUAAUCAUUUGCUGAGACAAACUAGUGCACAUAAAAAUGAACUUAUUAUCAAUCUGUCAGUCGGGAUUAAAGGUAAAAAAGCUUAUACAGAUUGGAAUAUUGAAGAAGUGCUCAAAGAUGUUCUGCGACAGGAACAUAGAACAACUAUCACUGAUAUACCUCAGUUCAACAUAGAAUCCGAGUUCAGCAAUAUGAAUCCAGAAUUGACGGAAAAUGAGAUAAACCGCUUCACAGCUAAUAUCGAGGCGAAUUGGAGAAUCUUCAACAAAUCGAUCAUCAACGAAGCAUCAGCUCGUUUUUUCAUUGAUUCCUUUAUGUCAUCUGCGGUUUCUCACGUCAACCGUGAGCACUCCUCAAUGAUACUGUGCGUUGAACAAUUACUCAAUGGAACCCGUGGGUACGGUUACGUUGAUUACUUGGUCAAAUGCUACGAAAUCGUGGUAUUAGUAACGGAAGCGGAAUUGGAAGAAAUUCAUAAAAGAAUAGCCCAGAAUUUGGUACAACUGCACACUGCACUAGAGCAAUCGCUAGGUAAGAGAAAACGUGGUGAGGAUGUGCACAAAGAUGGUGGGCUUUGCAAAGUAUACGGGAUCGUAACAACCGGAGAAACCUGGCGUUUUCUUCGAUUGGCUGGUUGCCUUACAAAGCCGGAGAUAGGACUCUCGCCAGAGUUCAUUUGUAAUUUUAAUGAAGUUGACCAGACACCUGCGAAGUCGAUACUGAGAUUGAUAACCUGUCUUCUGAAAUCGCAAGCUGACAUUCUUAAAGCGGAAACUGAGAAAGACAGAGAAUCAGGAGAAGUCGAACAAGAUGAUACAGAAAGAAGGCUUGCACGAGUUCGCACUGAGUGA